AUGUUCACUAAUCGUUCACUGGAAGCAGUGAGUUUCAACUCACAAUUAUCUACUACGAAAUCGCAUCAAUCUACGAACGUUCAAACAACAGAAAUUGUUUAUAAUCAGAAUCCCGUGCAAACCGUCGAAACAAGAACUGUCGAGACUCAAACUAUAACCGAAGAGAAGAAGAAGCCAGAAGUGAACUAUGAAAGACUGGCCCAAUUUUUAAAUAGAGUUACGCCUUGUAUAUUGGAAGCAUUAGAUGAAUCUUAUGGAACCAAUGCAUUUGAAGAUUAUGAACCAAAAAUUGAUGAAGAUUUACUGACAAGCACACAGCUUCUGCAAAAAAUUCAUAGCACUGAAUCUGAUUCUCAGAUGAAAGUAAGUGAUAUGAGUUGGAGUAUUGGAGGAGGAACAUUGGCAGUUUCUUUUGGUAUUCCUUACCAUGAAACAUGGUGUGACCAUCUAUCUAAAAUGCAAUUGUACAAUCAAACAAAGGAGGGUAGUUUCACAGAUAAUCCAAAUAAAAUAUUGGAAACAAAUGCCUGUAUAACAACGUUGGCUUAUCAUCCAACUGAACCAUCCAUUAUAGCUGCUGGUUUAUUCAAUGGUGAUGUUCUUGUAUGGAACUUAAGAGACAAUGUAUCAGUGGCACCAACAACAAUUUGUACCCAUGGGGAUUGUGUGUCUCAAGUGUACUGGAAAGCAAGAACUAUAAAUGAUGUGUCCUUGCUUGUGAGCUCCAGCAAAGAUGGAUAUAUUUUCAUCCACAAGAUGAUGGCCAAUUUUACAGUUGCCCGUGAAUAUAAACGACUGAAAUUAACCAAAGAAUAUAAUCCAAUAGAAAACUCAAGGCCACGUAGCGCAGGUGGCACACGUGAACGCGCUAUGGAAUCCGGAUUAUGUAUUACUGCCUUCGAUUUUUCGUCCAGAGAUCCCAUAUUUUUUAUCGUGGGUACCUUAUGCGGUGGAAUAUACAAAUGUAGCUUAGAUCGUGUUGCUCCUAUCGAAGAUGAUGAAACUCUAAUGGAUCCUGUGGUAGACGAGUAUGAAAGGCACGAAGGUAGUAUUACGUGCAUUAAAUGUUCCCCGAUACGUAAUCUUUUCGUCACCGCUGGCACUGACAAAGAAAUUCGUAUAUAUCACUUUGAAGAGCAUACGAACUUGAGGUCGAUUUCUUGUGAAAAUACAAUCGUGGGUUUAGCAUGGAUGCUCGGGAAUCAAGACAUAUUCGCAACUUAUGGUGCUGGCUCGGAGAUUAGACUGUAUAACGUCACUGGUGGAAAAUCUGUGACAAAUAUAAAUUUUGAGACCACUGAUAGGCAAAACACUAGCUGCUUACGUGUAAAUUUAAGAAAAAAUAUGGUAGCCAUUGGUGACUCACAAGGAACUAUAGAAAUUUGGAAAAUCCCAAGGCAAUUAUUGUAAACAUAUUAAAUAAUAUGCAUUAUAAAAUUGCUUUUUUAUGUAUUCAUUGUAUUAUCAAUGUUAUUAUCUUGUAAUCCAUAUAAAAACAUGUAUAUAUUUAUUGUGUAACAGCAUAUAUUACUUUUAUAAUAAAAGGCAGUCACGCACGCACACGUUUUCAAUAUACACUGUUCUAUUUUCGACUUCCUCUUCCUAAUAAAUAUAAUAACAUGCAACAAAAUUAGGCACGAUAUUAAUAGCAUAUGAUUACUACAUCAGAUAUUCUAUGAUUUAAAUAGCUUAACAUGUAUUUUAAACUAGACUUCGUUGAGUAAAAAUAACUUGACAAAUUUAUUGCGAAAAUGUAUGAAAGAAGCAAUAAUGCCACGCGUCCGAUUAUGAGUUAAUAUUUAAGACGGCAGCAAUUCAAAACACAACGAAACUAAAAUAUUUUAAUUUGCAGAUUUAAUCAUAAAGUGUAUCAAAUAUAAUGCAGUUUUUUAAA